ACUUCCGCUAAAAGAAAAACAUUAACAUUGGGAUAGAUUAUUGUAUUUGCAGCUGAAUCUGAAUCUGAUUAACAUCGCAAGAUGGGCUGCGUCUAACAAGUCCAUGUACUUCAGUGCAGAUAAUUAGUUUUAAGAGAGGAGUCCACCUGCAACUGACCCUCACAAGUUAGCCCAUUAGUUAGCCAUGGCGGGCCUCCCACCAUCAGAUCUACAACUUGUAGAUUCUACCCUGGACCCCACUGCUGGGGAAUUUUCAGCAAUGGACACCUCGUCAUUUCCAGAACUUAGCACCUCUUCCUGUUCGUCCUACACCUUGAGUCCAGAAGGAACAUACUGUUAUGGAAAUGAACGCAAGGCGUUGGCUGACCAAACUAGGUUUUUCAACAGUGAAAUCUUGAGCGAUGUCAUUUUGAAAGUCGGAGAGCAAACCUUUUAUGCCCACAAACUGAUACUGAUCAAAACCAGUGAUGUCUUUGAGAGGAUGUUUAGCUCAGGUUGGAGUGAAGCAAAUUCAGAGUGUGUUGAACUGGUAGAAGAAGGGCCCUGUAUCGAAUAUUUUGCAAGAUUCCUGAAAUUCCUUUAUGGUUGCCAGAUUAUCCUCAGCAAGGACAGCUGUUUACCCGUCUUGGUCUUAGCAGACAAGUACAAUGUCGCAGAUCUGAAAAAUGUGUGCGUAAGUUUUGCAUGCAGCAGCAUAAUCCCCAAGUUGCAACUGAAACAAGUUUUCCAUACCUGGUUUCAGUAUGCUACAAAAUGUGACCACAAGCAGCUGGUGUCUGCUUGUAUUUUGGCUUUGUCAGAGGAGAUGAGUGAAAUCAUGUUGUCCGGGGAAUGGCAACGUGAAUGGGAGGAAUUGGACAAAAACCAAUUAAUUGAAAUUCUGAAAAGCUCAGAUCUCUGUGUUACGGAUGAGUAUGAGGUGUGGCAAGCAGUUCUCGCCUGGGUGAAAAGUCCUCAAAAGUUAGAAAGAAGAGAGAACUAUCUGAAGGAGAUUUUACAGUAUGUUAGAUUCCCAAUGAUGACCCCUGACCAGUUGUACUCUAUUGAAAAACAUGUAAUAGCAGAAACUUAUGGUGAACUGUUUCAAGAAAAGUUCAUUGAGGCAUACAGAUACCAUGCUCUUUCUAUCAGCAAAAGAGCAGAUAUCAAGCUGUUCACCAAUUCCAACUAUUUACUUCGAAAUUACACCUCUCUGCGUUGGGAUAAGAGGCUAAAACUACAAAAUUAUGGAUCUUGCCCAAAAUUUUCUGAGCACAGUUUGAAGUUUUCCACUAGAAGUUCGUCAUUUCCGACACAGACCUGGGAUUGGGAGUUGAGAGUCUAUCCAAAAGGAUUCUCUCAAACAAGUGAUGACUUUCGCUGUCUUCUGUACUCCAACUUGUUACUUGAUCAGCCCAGACCUGUGGAGUUCAUGGUCUCAGUUGUUAACAAUACUCAGAUUCUGUGCACAGUUACCGGAAAGAAGAAUUUCUCUAAGAACAGAUACACUGUAGAUACUGAAAUUGAUAAACAGAUAUCUGUGUUUGAUUUAGAAUCUGGCAAUUCCCCUUAUUUAAUGGACGGAUCUCUAGUAUUUCAGGUUACUUUGCAACCGGUUAUGUGAUUAGGCAGAGGUCAGUGCAAUAUUCAGGACAAUAAAGUUGGAAAUGAAAUUUCAAAUUACAAGUCACGGAAAUUAUUGACAAAAAGAUCAGAGGGAAGCAAUAAAUGAUUCCAACCAAGAUGUUAAAUACCAAAAUCUCUCAGGCUUUGGUUUUCAUCCAUUGCAGCUGCAUUAUUUGUUUGUUAACAGUGCAACUAAACUGAGCAUUAAUCAAUAAACAAAGAUGAUUCUGAUAUCAUUUAUUUAAAUAAAAAUUGUAAAUACUCCAAUAUGUAUAAUGAAAUGAUGAAAAGUUGCUUUAUGAAUAAAUUAAACUACUUUUGUCCAUUGUGAAAUGUUUUAACGAAGUUAUCCUACUGAAGGUUAUUUAUUACCUGCAUACCCAUGCAGUUUUCAGUUGGUCUUGGAAUCCACAUAAUGACUGAGUCAGCUGAAUCUCUUAAACCUAGGUCCCAACUACGUUUUGGACGCACGGUUUUUAGGUUCCUUGCGUCCGU